AUGAGCGCUUCUUAUCCUACAUCCACGGUUAAACCCACCCGGCCGCUGAGGAGACCUUUGUCCAGCCCGGGUUUGUCUUUACUAUCCAGGCAAAGAUUCCCCGCUGCUGCAUCUGCACGCAUCGCUGAAGAUGGCUCCACCACUUCAACAGUAAGCAGAAAUGAAUCGCUGUUGACAGGAUUGGACCAUCCAGCUCCCUUGUGCUACAUCUGUGGAAAGCAAGGAAAUUUCCGCUGCAUGCGCUGCAAGAAAAAGAGUUAUUGCUCUGUUGAUUGUCAGACGGAAGACUGGAAAAACCACAGAUACACCUGCAAAGCUGUUGACCCAGAGCCUGAAAUAAAAAAGCCUGAGGAAAACGUUGCAUUGCAAAGCACUGGUCUCAAGGAAAGCCUUGCAGAAUUGCCAGCUGGUGAUACAUCUAGCAACAACAGGGUCUAUCUAAAACAUUUACAAGCUUCUAAAAUCAAUAAAAUGGACUUUCAGGCUACUGUUGUUGAAUUCACCAGCCCUUGCCGGUUUUUCAUCGUUCCCCAAAUCCCUGAGAUGUACGAAGCUCUACAUAUCAUAAGGACAGAACUUCAGAAAGCAUGCAGCAGUUUCUCAGGAACAGCUUACCUUCCCUGUGAGGGAGAAGUUUGCACAGUCCAGUUUUCCUAUGAUAAGAACUGGUACAGGGGUUUGGUGCAGACUCUAUCUGCUGACAACCAGACAGCUGAUAUCCUUUACAUUGACUUUGGUAACGAAGAGAAGGUUCCAGUUGAAAGAAUCAGACCCCUUCCUGCAAACCUUAAAAAUUUCAGCCCAUGUGCAAUGGAGUGCCGGAUUGCUGGUGUGGUGCCGAUGGUUAACGGGUGGUCAGACAAGUGCUGCCUUGCAGUUAAACAGCUUCUGGCUGGCAAGACUGUCACUGUGAAGCUGUUGAAAACAAUGGAGAAAGAAUGUGCCAAUGUUGUUGAUAUCCUGCUUUCAAAGGGAAAUCUUCUGAGUGCUUUUCUAGUUGAGAAUGGUUAUGCACAAGAAGAAACCGCUGAUGCUAAACCAACCGAGAAAGAUAUCGAUGCCAUUUUGAAUGCAUCUUUUGAAAACUUUAAGUGCCUCUCUGAUGGGAAAGAUGACAAUCAAUGGGCUCAACCACCACCACCUAUCCCAAAGUCAGUAGGAGAGCAGUUCCCUGUUAUUGUCACCCACUUCGUGUCCCCCAGUGACUUUAUUGUGCAGAAGGUGGAGAAUGCUCAACUUAUCCAGGAAUUGCAGUUGAAGCUGAGGGACAGUUGCGUUCAGGUUUCUAUGCAACAGAACUUUAGACCUGCUCCUGGAACAGCUUGUUGUGCCCAGUUCUCAGAGGACAAGCAGUGGUACCGGGUUAAAGUUCUGGCUUAUCCUUCUGCGGAGCGAGUGUGUGUCGGCUACCUCGAUUUUGGCAACUUUGAGGAGGUGAAUUUAGACCAGUUGCUUCCCAUUACCACCUCACUGCUGGAUAUUCCUAUGCAGGCUAUCCCGUGUGCUCUAGCAGGGGUUCAGCCUGUUGGGACGGGCUGGUCAAUGGAAUGCAUUUUGGCUCUGCAGUGCCGGUUGUCUAACAAAGUACUACACGUUGAGAUCCAGGGAGAGCAGGAGGGCAAGGCUCUGGUGUCCGUGAUCGACGAGGGCAGUGACCCUCAGGCUGAUUUGGCUGAGCUCCUGAUCCAUGCAGGUUACGCGUCACCUGUCUCUGUUUCUACCGCGGUUAACCUGCCGGCUGAGGAGACGAUUGCUGCUGCAGAGUCAAGUGUAUGCUCCUCAGUGUCUCCCAGUGUGUCUGGGGCUCUGGUGUGGACUACUGUUGAGCUUCCCUCUGAUGGCCAGAUGGUGGAGCUAUUACCCACUGUCGUGGAAAACCCUGGAAAGUUUUACUGCCACCUCUGUAGCCCAACAGAGCUGCAGAAGUUUGCGGAGCUGGAGUUUCAAUUAAAGGAGCACUGUGAGGCUGAAACUUCCCCUUUUUCCCCCAAAGUAGGAGAACCGUGCUGUGCGCUGACUCCUGGCAAAGGAGCUUGGGCACGAGCUAUGGUGGAAGAGGUAUCUGGUGACAGAGUGGUUGUAAACUUUCUGGAUUCCGGUUUUAAAAUACCCGUGAAUAAAGGCCACCUUCGAUCCAUUACACCUAAACUCCUCACAAUCCCCUUCCAGGCCGUUUGCUGCUGGCUUGAAGGUGUGGAGCCUAUUGGCUCAGAAUGGAGUGGUGGAGCGUUGGUGUGGUUCCAGAAUUUUGUGGGUGGACAACAGCUGUCUGCUCGGGUCCUGUCCGUCACUGACCGGGGGUAUGGAGUGGAGCUCAUAUGCAGAGGCCAGAACAUGGCAGCUGCUCUCAUCAUUGAACGGCUAGCCAAAGCUACAAGGCAGCCUGCCAAAGAAACACUACAACUGGAAUCCACAAUGCAGAAACAAGACAGCAGAUCUCAAGCCAGUCAGCAUGUUGAAACCAGUUCUAGAGAAUUUCCAAAUGAAAUUCAGACGUCUGUGGCUGCAGGUUUUCCAGUUGAUUGGAAGACAGUGGAGCUGCCUUUGAAAGAGAGCUUUCACCCUCAUGUAGCAGCAGUUAUUAGCCCUUCACUCUUUUACCUCCUCCGUUCAACAGAGGUUGACCAGAAAAAGAUCCAGAAGGUGAUGAUGGACCUGGAUACCUACUGCAAUACCUACCAGCCCACUUUAUCAUCAGAGAUGAAAAGCAGCCCUGCUGCAGGUGCUGCCUGUUGUGCCCAGUAUUCUGAGGAUAAAAUCUGGUAUCGUGCUGUGAUCUUGGAGGUAGACGAGAAUGAGAUUGGUGUCAUCUAUGCAGACUAUGGGAACAUUGAGAAGGUUCCACGCUCCCGUAUCUUGCCCAUCCCUGACCGCCUGUUGCAGCUCCCUUUUCCUGUAACUCGCUGCACCCUCACUGGUAAGGAAGGCUUUCCUGCAGAGUGGCCUAAGGAAGUGCAGCAGAUGUUUCAAACAGAGCUGCUGAACGGUGUCAUAGCCACAGUGGAGUCCUUUGAUGGUUCUGCUAAUGUGCUCUCUCUAACUCUGCCGGCUGAGAGAGGUGGACAGCACCUCUCCGCUAUGAUCCUGGAUGCACUGCAAGCCUGCAAAAAGUGCGACCCAGAAACUAGCCAGAAGCUUGAAAACGCUGGCAGCAGCUCUCAGUGUGUUCCUGAUGGGCCCCAGUCUAAGCCUGUUCCUGAACUCCAGUGUGAGCUAGAAAACAAUCCAGCUCCAGUUGAUACUACUGAGUCCAUCAAGCCUCCAGAGCUGACAGCACAACCUCAGCAGAAGGUUGCUUCUGUAUCACCUGCCUUUGAAGAUCCAGUGAAGGAGAUUGUUGGCCAGAUGGAGCAACCAAACCAAAAUUAUCUAAACGGUUCUGAUAAUCAAGCCUCUGGCUGCUGCUGCCAGAGCCUCCGAAAGCAGAUGGACAGUCUGGAGCAUAUGAUGCAGCUGCAGCUUUCACUCAUCAAGCAGCUGGUUGGACAGAAGAAAUAAGAUUAUACAGAACAGUUCAUGUUUGUUUAUAUUUUAUCUUUUAACUGGUCUUUAAAUUUGAGGGUGCACAAUAUGUUUUUUUACGUUUGAUCUACUUUGUUUUCAUUUUUUACAGUUCAGAUGCACCAAAUAGGUUUGUAAUAGUAAAAUUGAAAAGCAAAGGCAAGUUCAGCCCCAGUUAUGACAUCUGUUAACCUCGUCUGCAGCGGUGGGAAUGUCCAGCUUUAUUGU